AUGACACAGGUUCCGCCCACCGCAUUUGAGCCGUAUGGGCCGGUCAUCACGACCUCGGCCGGAAACCCCGUCGACGAUAACCAAAACUCGGUAACGGCUGGACCCUUCGGCCCCGCUGUCCUGAGCAACUUCCAUCUCAUCGACAAGCUGGCCCACUUCGAUCGAGAACGCAUUCCGGAGCGCGUCGUGCACGCCAAGGGCGCUGGCGCCUUCGGCUACUUUGAGGUUACUCACGAUAUCACCCAAUUCUGCAAAGCAAAGUUGUUCGAGAAGAUCGGGAAGCGCACACCUGUGUUUGCUCGUUUUUCGACAGUGGCUGGAGAGUUGGGGAGUGCGGAUACGAAGCGCGAUCCGCGCGGCUUCGCUCUCAAGUUUUACACGGAGGAGGGCAACUGGGAUAUGGUUGGGAACAACACUCCGAUCUUUUUCAUUCGAGACGCCAUCAAAUUCCCCGAUUUCAUUCACUCGCAAAAGCGCCAUCCGCAAACGCACCUCCACGAUCCCAACAUGGUGUGGGAUUUCUUCUCGCUCGUUCCGGAAAGCGUGCAUCAAGUGACCUUCCUUUACACCGACCGCGGAACGCCGGACGGGUUCCGCCAUAUGCAUGGCUUCGGGAGUCACACCUUCAAAUUCGUGAACAAGUCUUUCCACGUGCUUUCUCUUCUGUGUGUUUCCCGAAACAGAUACAACGAAGCUUUUUAUGUCAAGUGGCACUUCAAGUCAAACCAAGGAAUCAAGAACCUGAACAGACACCGCGCGAAACAGCUCGAGAGCGAAGACCCCGAUUACGCGGUUCGCGACCUCUUUAACGCCAUUGCCAUGCGGGAGUUUCCCUCCUGGACCUUCUGUAUUCAGGUUAUGCCUAUGAAAGAUGCAGAGACGUACAAAUGGAAUAUCUUCGACGUGACCAAAGUGUGGCCACACGACGACUAUCCUCUCAUCCCCGUCGGCAAGCUUGUGUUGGAUCGCAACCCAGAAAACUAUUUCCAGGACGUGGAACAAGCGGCGUUUUCGCCAGCCCAUAUGGUACCAGGGAUUGAGCCGAGCGAAGAUCGUAUGCUUCAGGGCCGUUUGUUCUCGUACAUCGACACACAUCGACACAGACUUGGCGCUAACUACCAUCAAAUUCCUGUGAACCGCCCGUGGAACUCUCGUGGAGGCGACUACUCCGUCCGCGAUGGGCAGAUGUGCGUCGACGGCAACAAAGGAGCACAGGCGAACUACGAACCAAACAGUGUGAACGGCUUUCCAAAGGAAGACAAAAACGCUGCUGUGUCGGGAACGACCGCAGUGAGCGGCGUCAUUGGAUGUCAUCCUCAGGAGCACCCCAAUAGUGACUUUGAGCAGCCCGGGAUCUUUUAUCGAAACGUCUUAACUGAGCCAGAGAGGGAAGCGCUCAUUGGCAACAUCGCCGAGGAUCUCAAGCAGGCGAGACGAGAUAUUCAAGAGCGGCAAGUGAAGAUUUUUUACAAGUGCGAUCCCGAGUACGGCGAGCGCGUCGCUCGCGCCAUCGGCAUGCCGGCUGCGGCAUGCUGCCCAGCCAAGAUGUAG